AUGCCGAUUGACCUUGGGCUUUCACGAGUAACGAGACUAUUGUCACACUUCAACAACCCUCACUUAAAGUACAAAUCGAUUCAUGUUGCUGGUACAAAUGGAAAAGGAUCUACUUUAGCUUAUAUCUCAUCUAUAUUGACACAGCAUCGACUAUGUAAUGGGAAGUUUACCUCUCCACACAUGGUGGAAUUGAACGACUGUAUAACAAUUAAUAACAAGACUUACCUGAAAUCUAAAUUCGACGUGAUUAACCAAAGUGUUUUGCAAGUGGAUAAGGAGCUACAGCUAAGAUGUACCGAGUUUGAAAUAUUGACAGUGACGGCAUUCAAAAUAUUUGAAUUAGAGAAAGUUGAGUUGGCGUUGAUCGAAGUGGGUGUGGGAGGACGGUUAGAUGCGACGAAUGUACUUGAGGCAUUCAAUGGUGAAGGCGGAGUUGUUGCUACUGGAAUCACCAAAAUUGGAAUGGAUCACGAGGGUUUAUUGGGGAAUACGAUAGAACAAAUUGCACAAGAGAAGGCGGGGAUCUUAAAAACCGGGAUUCCUUGCUUUGCUGACGGACGGAAUAGUGAAGAAGUUUUAGGCGUGAUAAAUGACAAAGCAAAAGCACUUCAUUGUGAAGUUGAGGUUGUUGAACCAACUUUGGAAGAUAAAGAAGUAAUACAAUUCAGCCCCUUGAAGGGUGAGUAUCAGUUGGGUAAUCUCGCACUUGCAUUGAGAAUACUUGAGUCGCUUCGUAAGUAUUUCACAUUUUCAAGAGAUCAAAUUAUUGCUGGAAUCAAAAGCUCCUAUUGGCCAGGGAGGCUAGAGUCUUUGCAAAUUUCUGGGUUGAGAGAGGUUUUGAUUGACGGUGCACAUAAUGAAGAUGCAGCGGUAGAACUAGGCAAGUACAUAAAAGCCACGUUCCCUAACAAGAAGAUCACUUUUGUAGUGGGGAUAACUAGGGGAAAGAAUUUGGCUAACUUGUUAAAGCACAUUGUACGAAGGGGUGAUACUGUGAUACCGACGUUGUUCCACCAACCGGAUCAGAUGCCAUGGAUAAAAUGUGAACUGGUUGAGAAAAUUACUGAUGUUGCGAAAACAUUUUGUCAAGUCAAAACUGUAUCAAAGGGCGCAUACCUCAGCGAUGUAUUUCGACAUUUGAAGGAAGGUGGAAAUGAAACGUCACCGAUUGUAGUAUAUGGAAGCUUGUAUUUGUACGCUGACGCUGUCAAAUAG